AUCAACGUCAAGAGAUCCAAAAACAAAAUCGAGUGGGCAAAAAUUAAAGAACAACGAACAUAAUCAGAAUUACACAUAUGGGAACUAACAAGAUUCCCAAAACCCUCAACGGGAACUUUGUUCUUAUACUUAUCAUCACCAUAAUGAUGGUGACUCACUCCCAUGGAUUUCGACUGGAGAUCAAGAACGAGCUAUCGGGAAGGUACAGGAAGCUUGUGUACAAAUGCUGGUCCCGCGAUAAUGAUUUCGGGUGGCGACAGAACUGGCCAGGUCAGUACAAGGACUGGUCCUUCGCCAUUUCGCUAUUCCACACCUUCUUCUACUGCCACUUCCGUACAGGGUAUGGACGCGUGGAGAAGAAGCUAGUUGUGUCGUGGGACCUAAAAGACCGGUGUGGGGACAGGACCAAAUGCACUUGGGUCGUUAAGAAGGACGGACUCUACUUGAGACGAUGGAAGACCAUAUUUUUUAGUAACAAGUAUGGUAAUGAAAGGUGGAAUGACUAUAUCCCACAUGAUGUCCUCGAGAACCCUUGGAGCUAAUUAAUAAUUUGGGGAUGUUGAUUGUUAUGAAAAUCGCGAGGAUAUCGUGAUUUUCGUCUCUGUAUGUUGUUAUUCGGGAUAAUAAAAUCAUACAAUGUGU